CACCAGGGGGCGGUGUUGGUUUAUUUUCAUUUGUAKUUCGGUCUGCCUCGAGCCACCUGUGCUCGUGCUCACUCAGCCGGACGGUCGUGGAUUCUUUGCUCAGGCGGAAUUAAAAAGACUUCAGCCUCUCCUCUCGUCAGGAAACCAGCGCAGCAGCAUGGACUUCUGCACGCCUCAGCCCCCGCGUCGUCACAACCCCGUGGACAGCAUCUGCCGCAAACUGCAGACCAUUCGGUGGCGUGGUGACCGGGAGCCCAACUCGCCCUUCCAGAUCCCCAAGCUGUCCUCCAGCAGCUACGACAGCCCUCGCUGCGGCCUCAGGCACAACCUGGAGGCCGUCCUGAACAGYGCCGCCCUCCGCCGCGACGAGGGCGAGAGGGGGAAGGAGAUGCCGAGCUCGGGCCCCCCCACGCCCUUCUCUGCCCCGGCUACCACCUACACCGUCACCAGCACUCUGGGAGAGAGAAGAGGUGCAGACAGGGGCGAUUCCAGACGGGUCAGGAUGUGGCAGAGCCACUGUUCCACACCCACCCCACAGUCCAAGGACUCCCCUUACUUUGCUUUUGCAGGGGGGCCUCAUUCAGAGCGGGCCGACAGGACAAGCAGGAGCCCCCCUCUGUCCCGUACCUUCACUCCGAGCAACAGCACCUUCUCCUACAACGUCAACUUCUGCUCCGCCGACUCCACGGUCUCUGAGUGUGAGCUGCCGUACCCCGCUYUGGUUGUGAGGAGGCUGUCUGUGGGGGACGGAGGACCGCCGGGCGCCUCUGAAGAUGGAAGGAACAUGGCAGAAAUCAGUCUGAUCUGUGAGGAGAAUCUGCUCGACACCAUAUUUCAUGCCUGCGACACGCAGCGCAGAG